GGGGCGGGGGCGGCUGCGGCGGGCAGCGAUCGCUGCGCCGAGCCGGGCUGAGACGAGCCGCGCUUAGUCUGGCGGAGCCCAGCAGAGUUGGGCUGAACUGGGCUCAAGCCGUGUCAAGGAAAGCUGAGCAGAGCCGAACAGAACCAGCUUGCGCCGAGCCGAGCUGAACCCGGCUACAUCGAGCCGAGCUGAACUUGGCUGAACCAGGCGGCGCCGAGCCGAGUUUAACUGAACCAGCACCGAGCUGAGCCGAUCUGAACUGAACUAGGCAGCUCCGGGCCGAGCUGAGCCGAGCCGGGCUGUGUCGGGCAGAGCCCAGCAGAGCCGGGCUGAACUGGGUUCAAGCCGUGCCAAAGAAAGCUGAGCAGAGCCGAACUGAAUCAGUCUACACCGAGCCGAGCCGAGCUAUACUGAACCAGGCUGUGCCGAGCCGAAUUGAAUCCGGCUGCACCGAGCUGAGCCGAGCUCAAGUGAACCAGGCUGCGCCGAGCCGAGGCGAUCCGAGCCAAGCCGAGCUUUGCUGAGCUGGGACGAGACGAGCUGAGCUGCGCGGGCAGCAGGAAGAAGGAGAAGAUCUCGCCAUCUCCAGGACACAAGCAAAACAACCUGCUGCGACCUGAGCACGUACUAACAAAAAGGUGUUCUGACUUUUACGGUUGCUCUAGACUUUUGCACAGGGGGGCUGAUGGAAACUCAUCGCUCUACACUGCUGGAGAGUCCAAGUUUUAAAACCAGCACAGCCAGAGGAGCAGUUAUCCUCAUCCUGUCAGCUGCGAAAAUCCUUUCCAUACUGCCCACAACUGAGAUGAAAAGAGAAGCCCCUCUUGCCAGAGACUGAAGUUGUCUGUCAGGAAAAUACCAUUUAUAGGUGUUUCCAGCCCUGCGAUGAGUUCAGCUACACGUUUAAGCCGACAGCUGAGUUACGGUACCUUAUGCACGUUAAAUGGUCGGUCCAUCAUCUUGAGAGACAGUGGAGGAAGUCAGAGAGUCUCCAGUUGGAUGAAUAACUAACAGCCGGCGUUCCCCUGCCCGACGGAGAUAAGAGGCUGGUUAAAAACCAAGGGAAUUUUUAGACUCUUCCCAAAUAUCGCCUGUCUUUUGUUUGACACAGGACUUGUCAUGUCUCCCUUUCUGCGUAUUGGUUUAUCCAACUACGACAGUGGCCCUUACCUGCCAUCCCAGGGGGAGGUGAUUAACCCUUACUGUGCUGUGAUGGUGAAAGAAGCCGUGGAGUCAGAAAAUGGCCAAGUAUAUGUGCAGAAGAAGCCCACCAUGUACCCACCCUGGAACAGCACUUUCGAUGCCCACAUCAACAAUGGCAGGGUGAUGCAUAUCGUCGUCAAGGACAAAAGUGCUGAAAUGGUUUCGGAGACCACGGUGGAACUCAAGGUGCUGGCGGAGAGGUGCAAAAAGAGCAAUGGGAAGACGGAGAUAUGGCUAGAACUGAAACCUCAAGGCCGAAUGCUGAUGAAUGCAAGAUAUUUCCUGGAAAUAAGUGAUGCAAAGGACCUAUCUGACUGUGAGAAUGAAGGCUUCUUCUCCUUGCACCAGCGCAGGGGAGCCAUCAAACAGGCCAAAAUCCACAACGUCAAGUGUCACGAGUUCACGGCCACCUUCUUCCCACAACCCACCUUCUGCUCUGUCUGUCACGAGUUUGUAUGGGGUCUGAAUAAACAAGGCUAUCAAUGCAGACAAUGUAAUGCUGCCAUUCACAAGAAGUGCAUCGAUAAAGUAAUAGCGAAAUGUACAGGAUCAGCAGUCAAUAGCAGAGAAACUAUGUUCCACAAAGAGCGGUUCAAGAUCGACAUGCCUCACCGCUUCAAAGUCUACAACUACAAGAGCCCGACUUUCUGUGAGCACUGUGGCACUCUCCUCUGGGGCUUUGCACGGCAAGGACUGAAAUGUGAUGCAUGUGGCAUGAAUGUCCAUCACAAGUGCCAGACGAAAGUAGCAAACCUUUGUGGAGUCAACCAGAAACUAAUGGCUGAAGCUCUGGCAAUGAUAGGGAGCACCCAGCAGGCUCGCUGUCAGCGUGACACUGAACAGGUCUCCAGGGAUGGACCUCUUGAAAUUGGCUUCCCAGUUCCUGUGAAGGAGGUAACACCGCUUCAGGCAUUGCCAGCAUCUACAACAGGAAAAAAAGAGCCACAGGGCGUCUCCUGGGAGACUCCGGUGGAGGGCACAAUGAAGGGGGAAUCUCUGAUAGAGUCAGACUCAGCAGAACACACCCAGGAGGAGCGGGAGCACCAAGUUCAGCUAAAACUAACCAUUGAAGAUUUUGUCCUGCACAAGAUGCUGGGGAAGGGCAGUUUUGGCAAGGUGUUCCUUGCUGAGCUGAAGAGCACAGACCAGUAUUUUGCUGUGAAAGCCCUGAAGAAGGAUGUGGUGCUGAUGGAUGAUGAUGUUGAAUGUACGAUGGUGGAGAAGAGAGUCCUCUCCUUAGCUUGGGAGCACCCAUUCCUGACUCAUGUCUUCUGUACGUUCCAGACCAAGGAAAACCUCUUUUUUGUGAUGGAAUACCUCAAUGGAGGAGACCUCAUGUUCCAUAUCCAGAGUUGUCAUAAGUUCGACCUUCCCAGAGCAACGUUUUAUGCUGCUGAAAUCAUAUGUGGGCUCCAGUUCCUCCAUUCCAAGGGCAUAAUAUACAGAGACUUGAAGCUGGACAACGUCCUCUUGGACAAUGAGGGGCACAUCAAAAUUGCUGACUUUGGGAUGUGCAAAGAGAACAUGUUUGGAGAUGCAAAGACAAGUACUUUCUGUGGGACUCCAGACUAUAUUGCUCCUGAGAUAUUGUUGGGGCAGAAGUACAACACCUCCGUUGACUGGUGGUCCUUUGGUGUCCUCCUGUAUGAGAUGCUUAUUGGCCAAUCUCCUUUCCAUGGCCAAGAUGAAGAGGAGCUUUUCCAGUCUAUCCGUAUGGACAACCCGUUCUAUCCUCGCUGGCUUGACAAGGAUGCAAAGGAUAUUUUGGUGAAGCUUUUUGUGAGAGAACCUGAGAGGAGACUGGGAGCAAGAGGGAACAUCCGCCAACAUGCUUUUUUCAGAGAAAUAAACUGGGAAGCUUUAGAAGAAAGAAGGAUGGAACCUCCUUUCAAACCAAGAGUGAAAUCUCCGAGUGACUGUAGCAACUUCGACAAGGAAUUUUUAAAUGAAAAACCUAAACUGUCCUGUGCUGACAGAGCACUGAUUAACAGCAUGGACCAAAAUAUGUUCAGCAACUUUUCUUUUGUGAACCCUAAAAUGGAGAAAAUAUUUUCCUGAGAUCUGCCUUACGGAAGGCAUUUGAGUUUGAGUAACACUUUGUCAACUGAAGACAAUGCAUGGUUGUUUUUAUCAAGAACCCACCAGAAAAACACCUCAUUGAAGGUCUGCACCAUGCCUGGAGGCUUCCAGUUUAUUCCAGUCUGUAGCAGAUGCCAGCCACUCUUAACUAAUGAUAUUUUUUCAUGGUAUCUUUUUGUCACUCUUCUCUCUGUUCCAAAUGUUCUUCAAGUUGAGAGCACCUGAAAAUGAGGAAGUGAAAAAACCUGUUCCCCACUACUCAUACACACAACCAAUGGGUUUCUAUAUAUGAAAAAACUAGUAUAUUUGAGCUUCUGGUGAUGUCAGUGCCCAUUUCUGCAGUUCUCACCCCAGCCCACCUUCCUUCUAAAGGACAAAUGGUUUGCUCAAGGCCUGAGGGCAUCUGGAAAGACUUCAGGCUGGAUGCUUGGGUAACCUCCCCUUGUACACGUGGAGAAUUGUGUGUGUGUGUGCACAGAAGUUUUGAAGAAGCAAUUUUGCUCCCUACGCACUUUAAAAGUAACAUUCACAGGUGUUAGGGUUCAAUUUUGCUCCACUGGAACAAAGAGACUUUACAGGUGCCCAUUCCAGCAUUCAUACAUCUCAAAGGCCCUGGAGCUAAGGACUCAACCCCAAAGGAGGAUUGUUGCCAUGGCAAGUGUCAACAUCUAUACGGAAAACAAGUGCUUUACACUUAGUACUUGAUCUGAAAGGAUGGGAAGUUGCAGUCCAGCAGAGAGCCUUGAGAACCCCUGUUGUAAAGCUUUAACUGUCCUCACACAUGCCAGGCUCAGACCAAAUUUGGGCUUUCUGGAGUUUUAUCCUCAAACGGCAUGAGAAAGGUGGAAAAAGUUUCCUCAAACGGCAUGAGAAACCUGGGAAAUGUUUCCUCAAACCAUUGUUUAAGCAUCAUAAAACCGACCUUCCAGUCACAGCAUUGGCAUGUUUUACUUGAAAGGUGGUAAUCAGUCCUUGGAAAGGCUUAUGUAUUGUAAUUUAUUUUGUUAUGGAUGAUGUCCCAGCUCUUUGGCAUGCAUUGCAGACACAGGUCACCAAGUUGAACCAAAUGUACACAGAGCAGGACAGCACAUCAGGUGAGGGUGGUCCUCUCCUUCACCUCAUGACAUUACGCUGUGUGUUCUAUCCCUUUGCAGUCUGUGGAAAUAUAGAUUUUUUUUUUAUUAUUAUUUUUUUUUUUAAAAAAAAAAGAGUAUUUUCUGUGAUCCUUUCUUCACAGGAUCCUUUUAAAUAAAGAUUCACUGUUUUCUGAGGUUGGAGAGAUGUAGAACCACCCAGUUACUGCUUGUCACUGAGACACCAGUUAAAUACUGCAUGAAAAUUAAGUCAAAACCCAAACAGAAGAUUCUGUAAUAGCUUAGACUUAGGUAGUCACCCCAGCUGGUGUCAGGCCCUAAUUGAAGUGUAUACAUUUGGAGCUUCAUUGCAGGACCUCCUCCAGCCCAUGGAGAAGAGAAGCUCUAGAAGGUGAGUCAUCCCCAAAAUCAGAUUCCCUUCAGAGGUGCUUUUCUGCUUCUGCUGGACGAGGCUGUCAACUUGGAUGUCCCAACAGAACAAAUGCAGCCUUGCAGGCGGUGCUGGGUUACCACUGGCAGUGACCACAGGCACUGAAUCCUGCAGGACCAAGAGCAGUAGUGCCUGAUGUCAACAAGAGAAGUAGAAGGCCCCGGAAAAGGUUUUGGUCCAGUGACUCUCACAAAAUCCUUGUUUGUGCUGAAUGAAAUGCAGAGGGCAUCUGUGCUCACAGUUUGUGCAGCUGGUCAUCAUGUUUAAUUAGGACAGUUGACAUGAAUUUUUUAAAUGCCAAUGCUGUUUGUACAGUUUAAUAAAACGUUGUGUACAAUUGGAAAA